UCAAGCAAGUUUACAAAUAACAAAAUUAGGUGUAUUUGAACAAAAUCUUGUCGAAAAAAAUAAUGAUACUAACAUUUAUAUGUGUGGUGGCUAUUAUAAAGAUAGUAGUAUUGAAAAGCUAACACGCGCGUGCAAUAGCUAUGAUCAGGAAACACGUGUUUGGCAACCAAUUAAAUCAUUGUCCAAUGAACGAUCAAGUUUAGCAUUGAUUGAAUACGAUAAUAGAUUGUGGGCUAUUGGCGGCAAAAAUUUAUCUGGAAGUCUAGAUACUGUUGAAACCUAUAAUAUAGUAACACGUUUAUGGUCUAAACAAUCGCCAUUGAAUAUUGCACGCUACUCAUUUGGUACAGCAGUUAUUGACAAUAUUUUAUAUGUUUGCGAUGGCAAUAAUUAUCAACCGAAUCAAAAUGAUCCAAUAUUAUCAUCGUGCGAAUAUUAUUCAAUGGAAACCGGGGAAUGGCAUCUGGGCUGGACAAUGACAAUGGCACGUACAGAUUUUGCACUGGUAGCCCAUAAUGACUAUCUGUAUGCAAUUGGCUGCUAUUUCGGUAACUUUGAUAAAGGCUAUAUACAAUCAAUGGAAAGAUAUAAUACUAGGACUAAACAAUGGCAACCAAUGGCUAAUAUGCCUACAAAAAGAAAUGCAUUUGGUGCCUGGUCAUUUAUGGAUAAAAUCUACGUGUGCGGCGGUUAUGAUGAAAAUAAUAGCAAUAGUUAUAGGGCAUCAUCAUCAGCCAUGUCCUCAUGCGAAACAUACGAUUCACGGGCAAACAAUUGGACAACAAUCGCAUCGAUGAAUACUAAACGUUAUGAUUUUCAAUUGGUUGCCAUUGAUAAUGUUUUAUAUGCCCUGGGUGGCCAAUCAACAAACGGUACUGUAGAGCAAUAUGAUUAUACAACUAAUCUAUGGUCAUAUACAACACCAACGUUGCCAUUCAAUAGCUAUGGAUUUGGUGCUACAACAUUCUAAAUGGAAA